UCUAUAGGUCAUUCAUUUUCUCGGGAAAAUCCAAACGAAAUUUUCCCAUCACAUUUUCCCGAGAAAAACCCUUUCUAUCCAUCUAACCUUCCAGAACCGUCUACCUUCACUCCAUUGAUGCCGCCGAUGCGUCUCUCUACGAUCAAAUUCUCGUAAUCUGAAAUGGAGCACUGUGAUCUGCAAGGACAAAGAAGGGAUAUAAAAAAUAAGGGAAGAAAUGUUGUGUGGUCAGUUCCAAUGGAUAAGUGCCUCAUUGAAGCCCUGGUUGUUCAAGCAAAAAAUGGAAACAGAGUUGACAAAUGUUUCAAUGAAAAUGCAUACACUGCAGCUUGUGUAGCUGUAAACACAUAUUUCAACUUAAACUUGAAUAAUCAGAAAGUUAUCAAUCGACUGAAGACGCUGAAGAAGAGGUAUAAAGUAAUUAAAGAUAUUCUAAGUCAGGAUGGUUUCAAGUGGAAUCCAGAUACGAAGAUGAUUGAGUGUGAUCACAAUGAGCUUUGGAAGAGAUAUAUUGCAGCACAUCCAGAUGCAAAAGGAUUCCGUGGAAAACAAAUAGAGAUUUAUGAACAACUUAAAAUUGUUUGUGGAAAUUAUCAAGCUCCAAGGCGUUGGGCAAAGAUGAAGGAUGGUAAUGGUCUAGUGGUGGACAUGAAGAAUUGCGAGGAGGAAUCAGCCUCCUUUGCAUCUCCUAGUUCAGAAAACAUGAGUGAUACAGAUGGAACUGAGUCAUACAAUGGGCCUCCUGAAUAUGGCCAGAUUCCAGAUGGCUAUGAUGAGCCUCCAGUGGUACCUAUAAGACAACUUCCCAAACGGUCUCGUAGCUCAGAUGAUCUGCACAAUGCAUUGAUGACAGUGGCAUCAAGCAUCCGACGAUUGGCUGAUUCGGUCGAGCGCAGCAAAUGCUCAAUUGAUACCUCUGAACUAUUACAGGCUGUGAUGGAGAUAGAUGGGUUGGAAGAGAGUAGACAGAUGUAUGCAUUUGAAUAUUUAAACGCCGAUCCUAUCAAAGCUAGAGCCUUCCUGACUUACAAUACUAGGAUGAGAAAGAUAUAUCUGUUUAGACAAUUCUGUUGGUGGAGGUGAUGCGACCAAGUCUAUUGAACAUUUUCGUGUAUAGAAUAUAUUUUGGGACUCGGUUAAACGGGUGUUCUCAAUUUGUUUCAGCAAUCAUUGACUGUGUUUUAAAGAUAAUGUAUAUAGAUUCCAAAGAUAGGUGGAAAAUAGUCAUUUGACAUGAAUUGAAGUAUCUUGAGUCUCUUUCAAGUAAAAAUCUUGAAUUUUAUUUUCAAUUAAAGUCAUAUUUUUAAAUUUUUCA